UGAGGUAAAUCUAAGAUGGCGGCCGUGGGCGCUGCGGCCGGGGCAGCCGGUGGCUCCGGCGCCGCCGCCGCGGCCUCUUCCUCCGCAACGGCGACGACGACGGCGCCUCCGCCCCCGCCCGCCUCUUCCUCCUCGGUGUCCGCGACCACGGCCCCCUCAUCGUCGUCCGCGGCGGCGCCUCAGCCUCCGUCGGGCGGGCCGCCCGGCGGGGCUGAGGCGGCGGGAGGAGGAGGAGGCGGGGACGGCAAUGGCGGCGGCUCGUCGUCGUCCUCGGCCUCCUCUUCCGCGGCCGGAGGCCCUCCGUCGUCGUCGUCUCCCGCGGCCGCGGCGGCCUCUUCGUCGUCGGGCGGCUCCUCGGAGUCGUGGUACGUGGCGCUGCUGGGCCUGGCCGAGCACUUCCGCACCUCCAGCCCGCCCAAGGUGCGCCUCUGCGUCCACUGCCUGCAGGCCGUGCUGCCCAGGAAGCCGCCGGCGCGCGUCGAGGCCCGGACCCACCUGCAGCUCGGCUCCGUCCUUUACCACCACACGCGGAACGGCGAGCAGGCGCGCAGCCACCUCGAGAAGGCGUGGCUGAUAUCACAGCAAAUUCCGCAGUUUGAGGAUGUCAAAUUUGAAGCUGCCAGCCUGCUGUCGGAGCUGUAUUGUCAAGAGAACUCUGUCGACACUGCAAAACCCCUGCUUCGUAAAGCCAUCCAGAUUUCACAGCAGACUCCAUACUGGCACUGCCGCCUCCUCUUCCAGCUGGCGCAACUUCAUACACUUGAAAAAGAUUUGGUAUCUGCUUGUGACCUCCUGGGGGUUGGAGCAGAAUACGCCCGUGUGGUAGGGUCGGAAUAUACAAGAGCCCUGUUUCUGCUAAGCAAAGGCAUGCUGCUCCUUAUGGAGAGGAAGUUACAAGAGGUGCAUCCACUCCUUACGUUGUGCGGGCAGAUAGUGGAGAACUGGCAGGGGAACCCCAUCCAGAAGGAGUCUCUGCGAGUCUUCUUCUUGGUGCUGCAAGUGACACAUUACCUGGAUGCUGGUCAGGUGAAGAGUGUCAAGCCUUGCCUGAAGCAGCUCCAGCAGUGCAUCCAGACCAUCUCCACCCUCCAUGACGACGAGAUCCUGCCCAGCAACCCUGCUGACCUCUUCCACUGGCUACCCAAGGAGCACAUGUGUGUGCUGGUCUACCUGGUGACAGUAAUGCACUCAAUGCAGGCCGGAUACUUGGAGAAGGCACAGAAGUACACGGACAAGGCGCUUAUGCAGCUGGAGAAACUCAAAAUGCUGGACUGCAGCCCUAUCUUGUCUUCCUUCCAAGUGAUUUUGUUGGAACACAUCAUCAUGUGCCGCCUCGUGACGGGCCACAAAGCCACAGCCCUGCAGGAGAUCUCCCAGGUUUGCCAGCUCUGCCAGCAGUCUCCUCGGCUCUUCUCAAACCACGCAGCUCAGCUCCACACUCUGCUGGGGCUGUACUGCAUUUCCGUAAACUGCAUGGACAACGCGGAAGCUCAGUUCACCACAGCACUCAGGCUCACCACCCACCAGGAAUUGUGGGCUUUCAUCGUGACUAACCUGGCGAGCGUCUACAUCAGGGAGGGGAACCGGCAUCAAGAGCUUUACAGUUUAUUGGAAAGAAUAAAUCCAGAUCACAACUUCCCUGUGAGCUCCCACUGCCUGAGAGCCGCAGCCUUCUACAUCCGAGGUCUCUUUUCCUUUUUCCAAGGGAGGUACAACGAAGCCAAGCGUUUUCUGCGGGAGACGUUGAAAAUGUCAAACGCGGAAGACCUGAAUCGGUUAACAGCCUGCUCCCUCGUCCUCCUGGGUCACAUCUUCUAUGUGUUGGGGAAUCACAGGGAGAGUAACAACAUGGUGGUUCCUGCCAUGCAGUUGGCAAGCAAGAUCCCAGACAUGUCCGUGCAGCUGUGGUCAUCGGCUCUCCUGCGAGACCUGAACAAAGCCUGUGGGAACGCCAUUGAUGCCCACGAAGCCGCGCAGAUGCACCAGAACUUCUCUCAGCAGCUUCUGCAGGACCACAUCGAGGCCUGUAGUCUCCCAGAGCACAACCUCAUCACGUGGACAGACGGACCCCCACCUGUACAGUUCCAGGCGCAGAACGGACCCACCACCAGUCUGGCCAGCCUGUUGUGAAAGGAGGCCGAUGUGCAGUCUUCACUCGGAGAAGAGGAGGCGACAGAGUUGGGGUUUUUCUUACGCUGAGCUUUUUUUAAACAGACAGUGGGCUGCUGAUUCCUUGCCUUGCAAGUGUUGCGUUAGGGAAGGAUACUUCACAGACUUGCAGGAUAGCAUGGCCACUCUCAGCUCCUUCUUACGGUCUCUGUGGUUUGCCUGGAUUGCAGGUGUGUGUGUGUGUCUGCAUUGCACACACACACACACAAUUGUGCGAAGGGGUUUUGAUACAUCCGUUCCCUGACCCAGAAUUAGGUUUUACGCAAUUCACAUGGAAAAGUGUUCUUUCCAUUAAGCUGAUUCCUUUCAACAAAACUUUACAGACAAUUUUCUCUAAUGAAGGAAAAAAACUGGGUGUGGGGAAGCAGGGGAGGAAACCACCCAGCUAAUUUGAACCUGCCUGUUAUAAUGUCACAUCCUUGCAUUUUAACUGGCACACUCCCAAGGCUGUUACGUUUGUUUUUUUGAAGGAAAUCAAUUCGGUGGUCCGGUAGCCACCAGCCAACACGGACUGUGCUUUCCCUAACAGUUGACUCCUUUUAGCUUGGCAUAUAGUAGAAAGAACUGUGCAUAGAAGCAAAGUGAAAAUGGAGUGUGGGGCACUUCAGGGAACAUUUGUUCCAUGUUCUUGGGGACGGGAGGCUUGGGCAGUUCAUGCGGGAGAGCAGAUCGCAACUACUACUGAAUCUGCCGGGUCGGCUCCCCACCCCCCCACCCCAUGAUAAAUCUCUUUCCCUUUAAUUGCUUUUUCAUCUUUGUUUCUUAAAAGCAAAACAGAACACCCAGAUCAGUGAUUUCCCACUGGGAAGGCAAGCUCAUCAAACCUUGUCCUUUUCCUUUCCGUAGCUCCUGAGGUUCAUAGAUGCAGGCUGCCCCAGUUGCCAUACCUCCAGCUUACCAGAGCCAAGUGCCCCUUGCCCGCCCCCACCUUUUACCAAGGUGGCUCAGAAAGGACCCUGUUUCUCCCAGCCUUCUUGUCCUCAAUGGAGAAAGUGGGAGCAAGAAGGAAUGAAGGCUUGGCUUGAAUGUGCCUGCAUAGAUGGACACCAAGGGGCACCAGAGAAGUGCAGGAUGUGGUACUGGGGCCAGAGUUCAGUGCAUGUAGAAUCUCCUCUCUCUUUCUCAAAAAGGCAGGUUCCCAGCCCUCAGUGGACUUGAAAGUUUUCUGUGGGCAAUUAUGUUCCGAGAUCGUAGAAAUCAAGAGGCUUUCCUGUGUUGGGAUAAAAGUGUGCCCUUGCCCUGCUCUGGCUAGCAAAAACAGGAAUAUUUUAUGCAGAGUACUAAAACUAGUUAUGCAUUGUGAUCAAUUUGCAUAAUUUAAUCGUGUUGCAGAAUCCUGCUUUUCUUGGUGCAGAACUUCUGUUUUUAGCACAGGGACACAGUCAUGCUUUUAGUGUGCGUGUGUGGGUUUUUGUUUUUAAAAAGGAAAUAUUUCCUUUCAACCAGAUUAACUUGAGCAUUCAAUCAUGGAUUUUUCAAAUCAAGAAUACAGUCGUACCUCUGCUUACAUUUCCCUCCGGUUACGUAAACUUCGGGAUACGUAAGCGGCAAACCCGGAAGUAUAUUUCUGGGUUUUUGCCCUGCGUGCAUGCGCAGAAGCGCUCUAUUGCUGUGCGCAUGUGCGCAGAAGCAGUCUCUCCAGUUUCAAAAACCUUGGGAUCCGGCCAGACCUCCACAAUGGAUCCCAUCCACAACUGGAGGUACCAUUGUAUUCAUAAACUGAAAAAAUGACCUGUGUCCUCUAUCUAAUCAUGUUCUCUCGUGGGGCUGCUUCAUUCUGCUACUGAAACCUGUUGCAGACCCUCCAGGUUUUCUGAAGAUGGUUGAUGAUGUGCAAAAAAAAAGUCCCAGCAGGGAAGUUGCUUUCAGUGUCUGCAAAGGGUUUGGAAGUAAUGUUUCAAAGAAGCUGAGUGUGUUGGCUCAGUAGAGCGGAGUCUCUGCUUCUCUUACCCCUAGAAGAGAUCAUGAACUGAAGCUUCCCUUCAGCCUUGAGCUGUGUCUUUCUCAUCCUUGCCGUGACCCUCGGACCUGCUUUUUCUCUGACAGACUUGUCCUACACUUGGGAUAAAGAGCACCAGAGUUACCAAAUGUUCCAGGAAGGUGUUGAGACCAGUGAUAAUAGACCUGUUGCCUUUUGCGGGGGGGGGGGGGAGUGUUUAGCUCCUCCUUUCCUCAGUUGCUUUUUCAGCUGAGACCCAAGUCAAGCUGGAUCUGCAAACCUGACAUUUCUGCAAACCCUUUUGAAUGGAAUGGAUCUUUCAUUUGCUUGUUUGUCUGAGGGCAGCACAGAAGGAUGGCCUAUUCCCAGGAUUUUCAGGCAAAGGGGAGGCGAUGAUUAUGUUGAUUUUCCCAGAUCAGGGACCAGAAGUGUAUACUGCCGCAGAGGCUGAACUCUUCACCCUCCCUCUGCCCCCACCUCCAAGACACCCUUCGGGCACCAUCUCUAGAGUUAACAAGAGGUCAGGUUGUUCAAUAUUGGCAUUAGUAUUUUUAUUUUUUUAAAAAAAAGAGAGAGGAAAAAGUGAUAUUAGUGACAAAUUAAGCAUGUUUUGACAAGUGUGUUUGAGAGGCAUUAAGUGGUUCUUACAACUUGGAAAAAAGCACUAAGUUGAUCCUGAGAGAACUCUUCCACACUUUGGGUUAGAAACUCCCCACCCCUUUGGGGAAGCCCCGUGUUGAAAUCGCUUGGAGGGCUUGGCUCUAUCAGGCCGUGUGUUGAGUAUGUCUGCUGUAAUACCUGCGCCCCCCUCCCCAAAAGUUUCCCACCUGCCCACCCCAUCCCAGCAGACCCCUGUCUUACGACCAGGGGCCCCACCUUCCCAGAAAACCCUCCUUUGGGCCAGUUAGGUGGGCACCUUUGUAACUUUGCACAGUUAAAAGUGUGGCACCUGCUCAACUUGAUGUGAGAAAUUAUUUGCUUGGUCACUCUUAACAGUCCUCCUCUCUCCUGCUGAUGUCAGGCUCUCUGUGAAAGAGUUCUUUUUAUGUACUUAAAAAAAGAAAGUGCGCUUUAGUAAAUUUGUACAGUUUUGUCUUUUAGCCUUUUUCCAAAAAAGUGUUUAAUCUUUUCCUAGCGAUAACGUGCAGACAUUAAAAAAAAUGUACAGUG